UUCUUCUCGAUUAUCCACAAUGCUUCUUUCUCGCCACUCUCAAAGUUCUAAUUCCUGGCUGGCCUGGACCCUCAUUUCACGACGCGGAUACUGUAAACUAGCUGACUGGUAUUAGUGGUUCUAAUUAGGUUUUUGUGUCAGUACUCACUGGAAAAAGAAUCGCGCACUUUAAAGUGACUAUUCGACAAGGCUGUCCUCUUGUAACGAUUUUUUUUAAUUUUAGAAUUUUAUGAGUCGCAGCAUAUUUUCAAUACACUGAUUACUGCGUGAACCAAAGGCGACCCCUACGGCCAUUCGAGUGUUUGAUUCCUCUUGAUUCUAAGGCUUUCUUUUCAUUUCAUUUUUAAUAGAACCAGAAAAGCAUGCAAUGUGAAAAUAACUCGAAAAAGCGUGACCACUUAUAGGCCCCAGUCUACACGAUGAUGGAAAUUUUUACAUCCGCAAACCUUUUUGUUGCGGAUAAGGAAAUUUCACGUCCACACGUUCCCGUAUUCAGAGCGUUUUGUAGGUAUAUCUCUAAAGAGCGUUUUCGAAAACCGUAUACGGUCGGACACGUGUGGACGACGAAAUCCACAAAAAAAAUCGAAACAACAAAUUUUUAAUAUGAUAAAAAAAAUUUGUAUCGUGUCGACGAGGACCGAAUUAUUUCACGUUUUUUCAUCGCUAAUAACGUAAAGUUUGUGUUAUUUGAAAGUAAAAGCGACCAUCAAUAUUAGAGAUACGGUAAAAGAAAUGCGUUUGGUCGGUGACCUGAUAGCGUGAUAGGAUAUGAUGCCAGAUGGGGAUAAUGUUACAAGACAGCCCACAGGAAUCAUUUCUACUAUAUCCAUAGAGUGACAUGAACACUAACAACCAUAUUCCAACAAAGAUUUCAAUACUACUCGACUGUUUUCUCUUAUAGAUUCAACCACAAUGUUUCUUGGAAGAAAUCUGGCAUUAAAGUUGAUAAUUCUGGGUACAGUGGUCAGUGUAAACAAUGCGAAAACACCGAACACUUUCGAAGACUUUCCGGUGGACCCUGCGAUUCAUGGAUUCCAGAUUCUAAAACAGAAACUAAUAUCUCCAAAAACUUCACAAAGCCCUGUAUCAGUGUUUCAAGGAAUUCAAAGAUUCAUUGCCGAGAAAUUUAAAAACGAAAUUGUACGUCUAUAUACAUUUCUACCGCACAAGUAUCGCUGUAACAUUCUAAAGAAUUUGGUAAAUAUUACCACUUGUAAUAGUACUUUUAUAACUCAUGUACUGCUUAAAAACAAUAUCAUGCAAGAAUCUAAAAUGAUAGGGUGUGUUUCGCACAGAACAUUUCCCUGCAAUGGGAAGAACAUCACUCACAAGAUUUUAAAUGCAUUUUGGAAUCAAAUGGCGAACUUAUUCAGCGAACUUCCAGUGCCAUUUCAGUGCACUAUAGUCAACAAGAUAUCGUCAUUUGCGCCAUCGAAGAGACACAGACAAAAGCGUAGUUCCGUUCUCAAUGAAGGUAAAACAUCGCGAAAAAGUCUACAAAUGGUUGAAAGACAGCUACAAGAAGUAUACCCAAGUCUUAAGAUAACUCAGAAGUGCUCAAAAGUGUGGAAACCACUGAGAAAGAAAGUCCCUCUUUCGAGUUUAGCGUCCUUGGUGAAUAUUACAGUAAAACUUGACAAAGGGACGCGUAGAAAAGCUUGGGUUAAACGUUUAAGAAAGAAAGCUUAUCGAAUAUACAGGAUAUAUAGAAGGUUUAAUGGUAACGCAUCGUCACAGAUAGAUAUUCCUUUGCUUUCUUAUCCAUCAAAGCCGCCAUUGUUGAAAAAGAAAGAUGUGCGACUGAACAUCAUUCGCUUUACCAAAAAAAGUCGUUUGGUGGUUAAUGUUGUAUUCAGAUUAGAAAUAAAGGAGCCCGGAAAGUCAAACUAUAGCAAAGUGAAAUCAGCUGCGCAGAUUAUCAAGGCAAUUAACUCCACUGGGCCUGGAACAAUGGCACGUGUAUUUAACGGUAUUGUGUUGGCAAUAACUGAUGCAAAGAAGACCAAAGUGGAGACGAACUCGUUGUGGACCAGCAAUGAUACGGCAAAGGCACUCAAGCAGUUCCCUAGUCAUCUCAGAUCAUAUUUUCGUUUUGGCAUGGAACGAAUGGGAAGGUGUUUAGUAAUGAUAUAUAUCUCUACAAACCUUCAAAAAGACCUUAGACCUGUUGAGAUGUUUUACAAUUCUCACAACUAUUUACCGAAAAAGUAUUUCUGUUUACAUAAAAAAAGCAUAUCUGUCAACAUGAGCAUCCGAUAUAUUGCAAAUGAGACGUUUCCAAAAUCAAAAGAAAACAAGGAACGCGGGAAAAACACGAUAAAAAAGGAAAAAAAUCUCCUCCUGGAAAAAAUAAACGAACGGGAUUCCAAUAUCACUUAUGCAUUUCCAGUAAGCGAGCAACCAGACGUCGACGAAAAAGAUGGAAAAGAAGUUGAGGAGACGUCAUCGAGAAGGAAAGUUACCGCUUUAGAAAUAGGUUUAUUUACUGUUCUUGCGUUUCUUUGUUUAGCCAUUGCAGCAUUUACCAUCAACUGCAUCAUGUUUGCUUUCAAAAAGAGAUCAGCACAUGCUGCAGGUAAACCACCACCCAAAUCUGCCUUCGCGCUGUUCAGUAAAGUGAACGAGACAAAUCUAAAAGAGACGUCGGAGAAUACUCCACGAAUAAAUCUAGCGUUGCCAAAAGCAGAAAAUGCUAAAAUCGACACGAAACUCGGUAGAACAACAAAGGACUCUCCUUCGAAACACAAAUCAUCAAAUACGCCCCAACAAAUCGACUCCGAGCAAAACGUCUACUCAAUGGACCCUUUGAGGUCGAUUGUUCCUGAUUCUAGUGAACCUCUUAAGACUAAAGAGAUAGCACAAAAUAUUCUCGAAAAUGGCGAGUCAAAUGACGAUGUAUUCUCUGAGCAUUUGUCCUCUGGUGCAAGCAUUGAAGUAAAUAAUGAUAUAUCCACCGACCAUAGAGGUAGCAAACAAAGAACACUGAAAGAGUCUUGUGGUGAAAUGAGACUGUUAUCUGAAAGUGAUAAUAUGACAUUGAGUAAUAGGAGAGAUGUAGAUCCGUAUAUUAAGAACAAUACAAUACAAGUCGUUGUAGUGUUUUGACGACAAGGAGUAAACACGACGUAGCAACCACGUGACAGUCAAGACAAUGACGUCCAAGAUUAUGACGCAAUGUUUCUUUUUAUAGCAACAGUGUAGCAUGAUAAAUCUCAGCCAAAGCAAUAAUAUGGGACAAUGCCAAAACCAUGAAUUUAGUUUCAUGCCAGUGCAAAAGAAGAUGAAUAUAUAUUUUAUAUAAAAAAGACUAUGUCGUAAAUAUGUACAUAGAAAAUUAGUUAUCGUAUUCAGUUCAUGUUCUCAUUUCAUGUUGUAAACUUGAUGCAAAAACGGUUUUUUGUAAGUUUACAGUGCAAUUUGCACUCAUUAAAAUAAAUAAAUAAAUAAAUGAACUUAAGAUAUA